CGGUGGAGGCGAUUGACAUUGGCUGGCACUAUACGGCCGAGUAGAGGGAAAGCGAUUUUUUCGUCGUGGUGGCGUUUCGGCUGCGCUAGACUCGUUGAUACAAAAUUCUCGGAAUCCGAUUGCAGCCUCCCGGAAACAGGUCAGGUGACAGUACUUCACCGGAAGUGAGUGGCAUUCCCCACGAGAGGGCUGUUUUCAGUGCGGUACGGUACGCGAAUCGCGAUAAUUUUAAGCCAAUAAGAAAUUCUUUAAAUCAUUCACAAAACUGCAAGUGAAAGGAGAACCACUUCUGCACCUAUACAGAGGUACGACGAGUGGUUGCGACACGAAACCGUUCCGUUGAAUGUAAUAUUUUACAGUUGUGUCGUUUUGUUAAUCCCCGAAUUAAAUUAUAUGCAAAAAAGCGAAGUGUGGUUGACCGUUUGUUUGCAUGCAUGAAAAAAAUCCCAGCUGAAGGGAAAGCAGAUUACCGAAGCAAUAUCUUUCAAGCUCUACGCGUAGUCGUCUUCACGCGUAUAAGUAUUGUGCAGUGUGGCGGUUGCCUAUAAACUCACAUAUACAUACGUAGCAAAGAUAGCCGCGCUUCAACGCAAUCCAAGUGGACAAGUGUGGAUAACACUACGAAGCGAUUUAUCCAAUCUCGUUGAAUCGAAGAAGAAACAGGAUAUAUCAUCAUCAUGAAGUCCGAUAUGGGUAGAGGCAGUAUCGCGCCUAAACCAUCCACGGGCGACGAAAAUUCCUCGACCUCGUCGGGCAGCAACGGUAACGCUAGUGCUAGUAGCAACAGUAACAGCAAUAGCAACAGUGCGGUAGGGGAAGAUCUGAGCAACAAUAGCGGAGGAGUAGCGAACAGUCUCAAGUCGUCAUCGUUGAUUGGCGGAGUGGUAGGCCUCACGUCACUGUCACUGGGAGUCCCACAACCGGCGCAUCAAGCGAGUAGCAUCAUUCUGACCCGAGUGUUCGCCUCCUUUGACGGCUUACACAGUGGCGUACCGACCAAAACGACCCCCACGCUGACGCCGACCACGCUCAAGAACAUCGAACAGGAGUUCAUGGAACUAACCAACGACAACUCGACCAACAUUCCGUGCCAGGCCGGUUUCGUUCCACCGCCGUUCCAGUUCGAGGAUCACAGCCAAGACCGCGAGAACAGCCGCGAAUCGAUGAGUUCCGUGUCGAACAGCUCCUGGCAGGUGACCCCACCGCCGAUCAUUUCCGAGGACCUGGACUCCAAGUCCUCCAGCACUUCGUUCGAACGGGACGUAGCCGUUGCGCAGCCACGAUUGGCAGCCGCCGUACGCGGCGUCGCUCAAUUAGUCACGAUGAACCAACUUAACAUGGCACAACAGAGCCCGGCUCCCACCGGAGGUAACCGAAAGACCGCUAAUCAUGAUAACUCUACCCCGGCCACUUCCCGUCGUAACAUGGGUGGCCGCCGUCCUGCCAAGGCUAGCAACCUCUCACCAGAGGAGGAAGAGAAGCGAAGGGUUCGCCGCGAGCGCAACAAACAAGCCGCAGCACGCUGCCGCCGUCGACGCGAAGAUCACACCAACGAGCUCGUAGACGAAACGGAUCUUCUCGAAAAGAAGAAGCAAGCUCUUCAGGACGAAAUCAAAUCACUUCAACAGGAAAAGGAAGAUCUCGAAUUUCUGCUCGAGUCCCACCGGGAGCACUGCCGUUUCCAAGGACGCCAGAGCCCGAUGGAACGUAAACCUGUCGGCCUGCCUCAGCAACCCGCCGUCGCCACGGAUCUCAAAAUGGUUCCUCCGGUGAAGAUCAAAGCCGAACCGGUCGAUCAGAUCGAACAACCACCAGCGAAAAAGUUGAUCCUCUCGAACGCCCUCACCGAUAGCUUGGACACCCCCACUCCGACCAGUAUCGCACCAGCACCCGUUCUGACCAGUGUGAAUCUACCGCGGCUGAUGCUACCGGGCGCCGUCCCCAUCAGUGUUGCCAACGGUCGACCGGCACGACCCGCCAGCCUGGACGUCAAGGCAACCACCGUCUUCCCGAUGCGCAACGUCACCACCGACGCCGGCAUUGGCAUCUCGACGCCUUCGAGCGGUCUCUUCAACUUCGAUAGUCUGAUGGAUGGCGGCACUGGUCUGACGCCCGUCGCCGCCCCAAUCUCCCUCCAAUUGAAUCGUGAUCCACUGGAGCUGAUCACGCCCACUAGUAGCAAUGACGUGCCGAAGUUCUGCCGUCUGUGAGAUAGGCAGAAAGGGGAGGAAGAGGAAGAAGAAAAGAAGCAAUUAGUGUUGAUGUUUCUGAGAGAGUGUACGUGUGAUGAGCGAGACAGAGAGAGCGCAAGUCCUAGAUCAAAGAUGGCGUUGUGAUUUUAACUUUUAGAUAAAAACAUCUUUUAUACAUGUGGAAUAUUACAAAGACACAAAAGUCUAAAAAAUUCUAACUUAGCGGUCGCCAUUUUGUAACUAGACGUAGAAAUUAUUGUAUUUAAUUCAUUUUGUUCUUAAUUUGCUAGUUUCUAGUUUUAGUCCGAUCCCAACAAUUGGCAAGCGAUAGCGGAGAAAUUUAUUUAUUUAAUUGUUUUAUUUUUUGACAAAACGAAAUAUUUAGUUUGUAACUAAAGCGAAUAAAGAGAUGUAUAAACUUUCUUUUAUAGAAAACGAAAACGAAUAUGCUUUGUAUCCUGUGCCUUUUCCCACCAGACGAAAAAACAAUACUUUUGAUUUACCUUCCCCGAGAAAAAACUUUCGUUUUUAGUAGUCGUAACACAUUAAUAGAUAACCAGUUUAUAGUCAGUGCUAUUGCAAGUAUUACAGAGCAGAAAUUGAUUUCGCUAACAAUGAGCUCGCUCAAACUUAGCUGCAAGACCACAAUGAAGAGAGUUUUUUUAACAAGUAGAAUAACGAAAGAGACGCGAAAACUGUGCGGAGUGAAAGCAGAAUUAUUUACAAUUUAUUUUAUCUACACGCGAAUACAAAAGGAAACGGAAAGCGAACAUUUUAGCAACAGAAAUAGAGAUACAUGCGAAACGAAAACUAAAGGAUGCAUAAAAAUUCAGAGCAAGAGAGAGAAGAAUGUAAAGCAAUCUGAUUUUUUGAGGUUAGGAAAGCGACGCAAACCCAAAAAAGCCAUAUUAUUGAUAACAAUACAAAUGAUACCAAAUAGCUGCUGCAAUAA